AUGGAGGGCUUCACCAAGCCCCCAAAGUCACAGCUCAUGACCUACCGCAUCGGCCGUGGCGAACAAGGCGUCCUGACCUUCGAACCGUACAAGUCCCAUAUCCUCCCCCUCUGGCGCUUCCGCACCGUCCCCAUCGCGCGCACCUCUUCCCAAACUCUGUGGACCAAGCUCCUAGAAUUCUACGACCACGACGACUUCGUCGGAAUGGACAUGACGCGCAAGUUCAUCCAGAUGGGCAUGACGCGGUCCAAGCGGUACGCGAAUUACAAGGGAGGGAGGAAGUAUGCUGCUGGGGGGAAGGAGAAGGGAGUGAAGAAUGAGCGAAGCGAGGGACACGCGGGGAAGAGCGAGAAGGAGGAGGCGAGUCGGAUUUUUCGAGAGGUGUGGGAAAGGUGUAAGGAGCAUGAGGGCUACCAGGAGAUGAAGAGGGCGUUUCUGAAGGAGCAGAAGGAUUGGGCCAAGGAGGAAGAGUCUGGCUGUUGA